CAGAAAUAAGAAAUGAUGCCCGUGCAUCACUUUCAGAGUAUGACAAGUAAUAUGAACAAGGCAGUGGCUUACCUACAGAAACGUCUGCCCGAUAUCAAAAAUCCCUAUUCUGUUGCCAUGGUAUCCUACGCCAUGGCCAACCAUGGCGCACUUGACAAGGGACUGCUUCUUAAGUUCUCUACAGGUCUAGACCACUGGAAGGUCCCCGAGGGAUCUGGAACGUUCACCCUGGAGGCCACUGCCUACGCUCUGCUGGCCCUGCUGAAGGCUGAUGCUCUGCAGGAGGCAGGGCCCAUCGUCAAGUGGCUUAGUCUGCAGCGUAGACCUGGUGGUGGCUACGGAUCUACCCAGGCAACUAUCAUGGUGUACCAGGCAGUGGCUGAGUAUUGGUCCAAAACCCAAAACGUGAAGGAGGUUGACCUGCAAGUAGAUAUCCAUGUAGCUGGCAGGGAGAACCCAGACAAGUGGAAUUUUAACAGGAGAAACCAAUUUCUCACCAGAACCACAAAGGUCCCGGAUGUCAAUCAGAACCUGACAGUGGAAGCCAGAGGAGUUGGCACCGCCACCAUAUCUGUGCUGACUCUGUACUAUGCCGUCUUGGACAAAAAGAAUCCUGGCUGUAAUGACUUUGACCUGGAAGUGGAAAUGGUGAAAGAAGGAAAAGCAUCUUACCCUGGUGCUGAAGCAACCUACUUGCUGAAAAUAAAGACAAGAUAUAAGAGCAAGGAAAGAGAUGCCACCAUGUCGGUUCUGGACAUUGGCCUGCUAACUGGCUUCAUAGUGGACAUUGGGGAUCUGACAAAGUUGAAGGAAGGGAAAGAUCGCUACAUUGAGAAAUUUGAGAUGGACAAGGCUCUGUCUGAAAGAGGCUCCCUCAUUAUCUAUCUGAAUCAGGUGUCUCACACAGAGUGGGACCAUGUGAACUUCAGGAUCCACAGUGUUGAUAAGGUUGGGGUCCUACAACCUGCAGCAGUGACUGUGUAUGAGUAUUAUCAGAAAUCCCGUUGUAGGGUGUUUUACCAUCCACAGCGAACGGAUGGAGGCCUUCUGAGACUGUGUUCCGGGAAGGACCAAAGCAUCUGUAAAUGUGCUGAAGAGAACUGCAGCAUGCAGAAGAAGCUGGGCUUAGAAGAUAGCGACCGUUCUGAAAAGGCCUGUGAGGUCACAAAAGACCAGUCAGUGGAUUACGUCUUCAAAGUCCAGAUGGAGAAGAUGGUCCCAGAUGCCACUACAGACAUGUACACCAUGAGGAUAGUGGACGUCCUCAAAGGAGGCAUUGAUAAGAGUGCGAUGGGAAAUCUGCGUGAGUUUGUGGCCUUUGCUCUCUGCAGAGAAAGUCUGGGCCUUCAGGAGGGGAAAACGUACCUCCUCAUGGGUGUCUCCAAGGACGUCUAUAAACCCAGAGAGGAAGCCAAUGUUGAGUACCAGUAUGUCCUGGGUGAGCAGACCUGGGUGGAGUACUGGCCCACACCAGCAGAGUGCCCGAAACAGCCCUACCGGCAGACCUGUAGGGGGCUGGAAAAGCUGGUGACUGAGCAGAAGAUUGAAGGCUGCCCACAAAAAUAAGUCUGGGUGGAAGUUUCCAAAAUGACCGCUUACUGUCUACCAAUUUUGCCAAUUGUUGGAUUCUAAAAUGUAUUAAAUAAUUACAUGUGACAAAAUAAAAUGUCAGCUAAAAUGUAAGCAUGUGUCUUACAUUGGCACAGUCAGCAACGUGUGGUUACCAUGGCACCCUCCUGCUUUGGCGGAAAUGAUCAUUAAAGUGAAAUUCUUGCUUCUAAUAAA